AGUAUUUCUAUAAAUGUUCAAUGAUUACGAAUUCAGAACACAGACGUAAGCUAUGUAGAGCGCCACUUUCGUUCCGGAGGAAGGGAGAGUCAUCGUCGCUCAACAGAAAGUCACACAGUACUCGGCGGGCAUGCUAAGCCAUUUGCAGUGGAUUCAGUGCAGAUUGUUCAUUCCACUGUUUACAAUGGGUCAACGGUUAUCAUCCUCAGUGAGUUCUUCAACAAUUCCAUGAAGCAAUUUGAGAUAAAAUAUUUCUUGGUGCAAUGGCAGCGGCAAACAUACUCCAUGAUAUCGAUGUUCCUAUAAAGAAGGCAACAUUUGGAAUGGGCUGUUUUUGGGGCCCUGACACCCUCUAUGGUACACUGAAAGGUGUUAUAAGAACAAGAGUGGGAUAUUCUGGAGGCACAAAAAUAAACCCCACAUAUAGAGAUCUUGGAGAUCACACAGAGUGUAUUGAUAUUGACUAUGACCCAAAUGAAAUUUCCUUUGAAAAAUUACUUGAAGAGUUUUGGAAAAACCAUGAUCCUACUUACAGAGCCACGAAACAGUAUACAUCCUUAAUAUUUUAUCAUGAUGAUGAUCAAAAGCAGACAGCUGAGAAAAGUUUUAAAGAAGAGGAAGAGAAGAAAGGCAAGAAGGGCAAAUUUGUCACCAAAAUAUUACCAGCAGCAGAGUUUUAUAAUGCAGAGGACUAUCAUCAGAAAUACCGCCUGCAGCAGCACACACAGCUCGUGCAGUGGUUGGGUCUGACAUCUGGCAAGAAGCUCAUAAGUUCACAUGCUGCUGCACGUAUCAAUGGAUAUGUAGUAGGUAUGGGUGGUGUGCAAAUGUUUGAGGAGGAUAUCAGUAGGCUUGGGCUUACACCUGAAAUAGCAGACUAUGUGCGGAAGUGGGUUACAAAAUAUGAAGGACAUGGCAUGAUUUGUUGAAUAUUCACCAGUGUAUCAGUCGCUAUUGCUGAGUGUGAUCUACUGUUUGAGGCCUAGAAUGGGUUGUGGAGUUGGUCCACAGCCUUCACACGUACAUGUAGAGGGGGGAAGGGAGGGAGAGGGCGAGAGAUGGAGAGGGAGGGAGAGAGAGAGAGAGAGAGAGAGAGGAAGGGGGGGUGAUUUUUAUGUAUUGCUAAAGCAUUUCGUUUCUUCUCAGGGAGCAGCCAAUCAAAUAGUUUUAUAGCAAUUGUAACAAUGUGCAUCUUGUAUCUAAAUGAGUAGAACAGUGGUAUGAAAUCAAAGAUUUUAGUCAGAUUCUCAUUGUUUGCUUUUCAUUUUUGUAUGAAAACUUAAGCUUCAUGAGGACUGUAUUUGAAACUGUUGGUGUAAAAUCAGCAAACCAGUGUCAUUGUUUACAAGUAUACAGUAGUCAUUCCAGCAGUAGGGCCAUGUUGUUAUAAAUAACAAAAUGUACAACUUGUUAUAGAGUAUUAAAGUUUUUAUACAGUUGACCAAA